UAAAAAGGAAACAAAACGAUUUACGUUUUUCCACGAUAUUUUUAUAAUUUACUAAUUUAUUGUGAACCUAUAGAUUUCAAUUGUUUAAAUGGCAACUGAAGAGGAACAGCUCAGCCAGGUAAUUUUGCCGGUCAAAGAGCCGCUAGACCUAAUUCGCCUCAGCUUGGAUGAGAAAGUGUACGUAAAAAUGCGUAAUGAGCGGGAAUUGAGAGGACGAUUACACGCGUUCGACCAGCACUUGAAUAUGGUCCUAGGUGAUGCUGAGGAAACAGUAACCACCGUUGAAAUCGAUGAAGAAACGUACGAAGAGGUGUACAAGACCACAAAACGCACCAUUCCCAUGCUAUUUGUGCGAGGGGACGGCGUUAUACUGGUCUCGCCUCCUAUGCGAGUGGGGUAGAUGAUGAGUGGGAGUGGAAGGAAUAGAUGCUGCAUUUUUCAAAUUGUAUUAAUAUUGCUUGAAAUAAAGUGCU